AUGCAGUUCACUACCGCUAUCUCCAUCCUGGCUAUUGCCACCACUGCCAUUUCUUCGGCUGUUCCCGUUGCUCAGAGAGGCGCUACCUCUGACUGCGUUGGUGACCUUUUGUGCUGUGGCUCCCUGACCACUCCUCUUGACUCUACAGUCGACCCUUUACUCGAGACCCUGGGUAUCGAUGCUGCGAGCGUUGUCGGCUCAGUCGGCCUUGACUGCACUACCUAUAGCAAAAGCUGCACGUCGGCUCCUCAGUGCUGUACUGAGGCCAACCUCCUGAAUGGCAUCCUGGCCCUUGGCUGCAGCGACCUGAAGUAG